AGCCAAUGCCCUUUCAGCCAUUUUGGAGGGUGAAGACGUAGAAGAUUGGGCUAAAUGCUCUUAAAAGCAAGAAUUUGCAAACGCGCGUAUGAGGCACCACUGACAGCAAUGUCCGAGGCCGUCGACUACGUCGCCCUGUUGACGGCGGUGCCGAGCGUGCUGGUCGUCGGAGACGAGAGCUUCGAGUUCUCGCUGGGACUGGCCGAAGCGGCCGCGGCGCGGGGCAAGAGCGCCGGGCGCUGGCUCUGCGCGACGGCGUACGAGGCCGCGCCCGUCGACGCGGCCGCCGCGACGCGCGCCGCCGAGCUCGGCUGCCUCGGGGCGGUGGUGCGCCAGGGCGUCGACGCGACGCGCCUCGAGGGCAUGCACCUCUGCGAGCCGUCGAUCCAGGUCGACUGGAUCCCGCCGCCGGCCUUCGGCGCCGUGGUGUUCAACUUUCCCUACGUCGUCGUCGAGGGCCGGCGGCCCCGCGUCGACGACAACCGCGAGCUCCUCGUGAAGUUCUUCGCGAGCGCGCGGAGGGUGCUGCGCCCGGGCGGCCUUGUCGUCGUCGCGCUCGCGCGCGGCCAGGGCGGCACGCCGGCCGACGCGACGGCCGGGACGCGCCGGGACGCCUACCAGAACUCGUGGCGCAUCCUCGACGCGGCCGCGCGGGCGGACCUCGUCCUCGCGGCGGCCGGCCCGCCUCAGUUCCCGGGGAACUACGCGCCCGCGGGCUACCGGCGCCGCGGCGCGGACCGGCGCAUCGCCGACUCCUACGUGAAGCUGUCCGUCGCCCACGUCUUCCGGCCGGAGGGCAGCUGCAUGCCGCGGCACGCCGUCGAGUUCGCGCACGACCUCUCGUUCUGGCUCCCCGCCGCGGCCGCCGUCGACGAGGCGUUCGCGGCCUGCCCCGCCAUGGCGCCCGCCGACGGCAUCGACGACGCGUUCGCGGCCUGCGCCGCGGCCGCGGCCGCGGCGGCCGGCGUCGGGCUCCUAGCCGCGACGCGCACCGACGCCUAUGCGUGUCCGACGACGGGCCGCCACGCGCGGACCUAUCGCGCGGUCAUAGCGAGCGGUAGGCGCGCGUGCUCGAAACACCGCUCGUCCGUCGUCGCGCUGGAGAUCACGCGCUGCGCGCACGAGGGCCUCCGGUUCGUGCCGAGGUCCUACGCCAACGAAGGCGGCGGUCCAGACGACUAG